AUGGCACCCACUGCAGCAACUCGGGCCAAAGCCCUCUCGUUAUAUCGCAAGCUUAUGAGAGGGGCUAUGAAAAUGCCUACUCCAAACCGUCAGAACUUUGUGAUCCGUAAAACAAGAGUCGAAUACAAAGCGAAUGUUGGUCUGACCGACCCAGAUGCCAUCAACAAUGCCAUCCGGUUAGCAGACACGAACCUAGACACUGUUUUGGUCCAAGCAGAGCACUUGACAAAGCUAAUGAAAGAUCCAAACUAUCAGGCUGAUAUAUGA